AUGUUCUGGUACAAGCAGAGCCUGGGCAUGAAACCGGUGCUUGUCUCCACACAUUACAAAUACAGCGAGGAGAACAGAAUCCACGGAGAGUUCCACAGCAGUAAUCGCUUCCGGAUGGAGGUGGACGAGGGCAACUGUAACCUGCACAUCCAGAACGCGAGUCUGUCUGAUUCUGCCGUUUAUCACUGCGUUCGUGAGUACGUACACCAGAGCGAGUUUUUGGAAAGCAUCACAGUGUUUGUACAGCGUUCCAAGCGAACGGCUGAGGUCCUUCAGACUCAACUUGUGGAUAUAGAUCGAGGAGAAUCUGUGAGUUUAAACUGUAGCAUCCAGAAUGGGAGCUGUAAUGAAGCACACAGCGUUUACUGGUUCAAGAAGUCUGAAGAAUCCACAGCAGGAGUUCUCUACAGUCGUGGGAAUAGUAGUGAUCAGUGCGAGAAAAGCACAGGCAGUCCAACAAACUCCUGCUUCUAUAAUCUCCACAUUCAUAACGUGAGCUCAGAGCAAACUGGGACGUACUACUGCGCUGUGGCCGCCUGUGGACAGGUCCUGUUCGGGAACGGGACAAGGCUCAGGAUCAGAGAAGUCUCAGAGAUGUUGGUCUAUGUCUUGAGUAGAGUGUCUGUGUUCAGCACCAGUCUGGUUGUUGGACUCUCUUUCUGCUUGUGCACAAAUAACAACACAGACAAAUCCGUGAAAGGUGCUGCAGCUGGGACAAAGGAUGUUCCCAAACGUCUGCAGUACAAGGCCACAGAGCAGGUGAACAGAAGGAGACAGUCACAUGACACAUGGAGCGAGUGCGUCUACUUCAGUGUGGAGCAGUGA